AUGACAGACCCAGGUCUGGCAUUAGACACGAUUGGUAUUAUUGGUGACAGCCUAUUUAAAGAUGUACAUCCUCAAAAUGUUGUCGGUGUAGCAGAAGAACAUACAGUCAGAGAUUAUGAUAUGGCGAAGACGGACCAGCCAGAACCCGAAUCAAUGCCAGCUAUCAAGCCGAAUCCUCCACUUAUACCAGAUAGUCUGGAUGAUUUGAUAGACAUUAUUAAGAAUGCUGCACAAGAGAGACAAACUGUAAAAACGUUUGGAACAAAGAGUUCUAUGGAAUUGACUGGUAUAGGCGAAACAAAUGUCAUCCAAAUAGACAUGAGUCAAUUGAAUGAAGUCAUCAAUAUUAAAAGAGAACUCCUUAAGGAUGAAUUCCAGGGACAGUUUGAUGACAGGAUGUUCUGCUCUUUUGAAGCAGGGGUUACGAUAAAACGUGUUCAAUACUAUCUUUGGCCUGUUGAAUUUAGGGAAACUAAACAUCCGGAGCAGUAUAGAGUUUUGUCAAAACAAACAGGUUGCACCAAUUUAUCUUUAAGGGACACUAUAGCGUAUGGUGGCCAAGGAAAUAGUUUCAAAAAGUCGAUUAUUGAAGAAAUGGUCUUGUCGGUCUGUUUAUUGACGGUAAACAAAAUAGGUGAAGUUGUAAAGAAGCAAAUUGAACCAACAAAUGGCAUAACUAACCCUGCAGCGUUUGAAAAGAAGUUCAAAGGACGCAUCCUCAUUCAGGAUGAUAUAACUUUUCAUGCGGCCCUUGGUAACAUUGUUGGUUUAGAAAUUGUUUAUUCAUAUACUCUUCGUGCUGACAAUGCAUAUUAUCUAACGGAAAACCGUUACAUGGUCACGUGGGAGGAAGCACAGAAUGAAAUUCCAAUACUAUAUAACCGAAAUAUAAAUGAACGAGAACGGAAACCAGGUUCCCUGCACAGUUUUGAAUUAUUCAUUAGUCCGUAUCCUAUGUUGCCAGGAGGUCCAGUCGAUGUCAUAAUAUGUACCUUCGAGUAUUCAAGCGGUUUUCCAAAAGGUAGUCGACCACGCUGGAAUAUCAUUCCUCAUGAAUGUGUGCGUUUAGGUUUUGUUCGGGCUUGUGAAACAAAUCCAGAUAUUAUUCCCUUGCUUAUGAAUAACAUUAUGCGAUGUACAAUCACUCAGGAGCCUGUCACUAUGAAUGUUCCCAAUGCUUUGGAUCCUUUAUCGGGUUUAAAAGAAUCUGGUCAGGUUACCGUAAGCGAGUGUUCUAUCGAAACGCAAACUCCAGCUGAUGUCAUCAAAAAGAUUCAAUCUUUGGUAGAUUGUUAUCAAACUAUUCGAGGCGAAAACAAACAUCAAUUGGCAACUUCUCCGUUUGUUGUGAGGUUUUCUGUGCCGUCCGGUGUACAUAUGCCUACGCAGUAUAAUCGACUGACAACGACGAUAAGCAGCAAUUUAUUGGUGGGAACACCAAAUGCCGAUAAUACUCUACAGCAGUUUGAAGAUUUGAUGCAAAACGAAUCAUACCAUGUUGACGACCCAGAUGACUUUGGGUAUGGUACAAGAUGCAGAUGUUAA